UGCUAUUCAGCUCUGUAUAUCUGCACAAGGUCGGGUAGUGCCCGGUCUUCUUGAAUCAUUUGACUCAUCAGUGUUAAGAAAGACAUGGAGUGUAUAAUAGGGAUCAAAAUGAACGAUUUUGUGUUACUGGCAGCAGACAUGCGAUGUGCCCACUCAAUUCUUACCAUUAAACACGAUGAGAGCAAGAUGUUCAAGUUUAGUAAACGAGUGCUUGCUGCUGUAUGUGGUGAAUCUGGUGACACUUCUCAGUUUUCCGAAUUCAUUCAACAAAACAUGCAGCUAUACGAAAUAAGAAAUGGAUAUGAGUUAACUCCCAGUGCAGCUGCUAAUUUUACCAGGAACAAUAUGGCAGAAUCCCUGCGUAGUCGAUCUCCAUACUUUGUCAAUUUGCUUAUAGCUGGCUUCGACCUUCAGACAGGCCCUGAGCUAUAUUUUUUGGACUAUUUGGCGUCUCUAAUUAAGGUACCUUUCGCAGUGCAUGGAUACGGAGCUCUUGUUGCUUUGAGUAUCUUAGACCGUAUGCACCGUCCAGAUAUGACUGUAAAUGAAGCUGUUGCACUGUUGCGUUUGUGUAUUCAGGAAGUUCAAAAACGUCUAGUUAUAAAUCUUGAUCGAUACAUGGUCCGUAUUGUUACGAAAGAUGGCAUCGAGGAGCUACCCGACCUGACUGAUUUUGCUGUAAAAGAAUAAAUUUUAUAAAAUAAAUUCUUCAUACCUUGUAGAA